CCGGCAGUCUAACAAUGUAGUUUGAUUUUGUAAAAGCCAAGUAAUCAAUAGAAUUAAUGACUCAUUCUAAUUAUUAUGAUAGAGUAAUAACUAUUUUGUAGUGAAAAUUAUGUUCCAAAUUCCACAACACGUACUUGAAAAAUUACGUUGUUUUCUUUGUGGUAGUUACCUAAGUUCCAAGCCGUUGAUGGUACGUCAAGAAAACCAACAAAUAUGCGGAAAGUGCUACAAGUUGCUACCAAAAGAAGAAAGAAACAAAUGCGUUAGACAAAUCGGUCUGGAAACCAUCGCAGAAAUAAUAACAUUCCCUUGUAGAUACAACACCCAAGGUUGUACUUACAAAUUCAGUUGGUGUGAUGAAAAAGAACACGAAGCCACGUGUUCUUACAGAAGUUUAAUACCUUACCAAAAAGAAUUAUCGCACUAUAUCAACAUAUUUAAUAAACCUUGCAAAGAAAACGAACUACACUGCGAAACAGAUCAAAUAAAAGCUACACUCACCUACAAAAUGGAGGAAAAUAACAAUUUGACGUAUUCUUUGAAUGUUAAAGCUAAUUGUGAUCAUCAACUAGUAAUGAAAAAUGAAGAUUUUCAAGAAGAAGUCGAUAUAAAUAUGGACGGAAUCGUUUUCUUCGGUAACAAACCGGAAUUAGUUUAUUCGGAUAUAAAAGUGAAUCCAAUACAAAAUAUAUAUGAAUCUUUAAGAAGCUACGAUAUUGAACAAAAGGUUUGUGUGAGUUGCGGUGGAUUAGCUGAUCAUAAUCAAUGUUUUCAAGGUCAUAGAACUUGUGAUAAAUGUACUACUAACGUUUGUUAUCAAUGUAUCAAAGCGCUAGGAAAAGAAGAUAAAACUUUUUGUAAAAAUUACAGUAGAGGUUGUGUGGAAAAAGUGAAUUUAGAUAAUAUGCAUUCACACGAAACUAACUGCGUUUAUAACGAUUUCAAAUGCAUCUUGGAACCUUGUAAUGUAAUAACAACGUUGCCAAAUUUGAAACAGCACAUCAAAAAUGGUCAUAACUCGGAAGUGUUUACGUCGAAUGAAAUCAAUAAGAAAAUAACUAAUAAAGAUGAAACUUUCGUAGUUUUUUGUCAUAACGGUAUUUUUAAAUGUGUAUAUUAUUAUUAUAAAUAUUUCGUUGAGUUUUUUGUUACGUAUAUAGGUCCUAGUGAAGAGGCUGUGAAUUAUUUUUAUGAAGUUAUUGUUAACGUUAAAGGUUAUGUGAUAUCAAGAAAAUCUAAGUGUUCAAAUUGGAAUAAUGUGAUGCUAGAAAAAGAGGAUUGGAUGUUAGCGAAAAUUCCAAACGAACCAAAUUUUGUGGAAUCUAUACAAAACGUAACAAUCGCAGUUGGACGGGAGGCUGUUUUGGUGUGUAGCGUAAAGCAUCUGGGAAAGUAUAAAGUCGCCUGGGUGAGGGCCGAAGAUCAGACUAUUCUCAGCCUUCAUACAAGAGUCGUAACUCAUAACAACCGCGUUAGUGUAACUCACGAUGAUGCGGAAACGUGGAAACUGCGCAUAAGGCCCGUCAAGGAAUCAGAUAGAGGCUGUUAUCUCUGUCAGAUAAACACUCAGAUACUCAAAUCGCAGAAGGGAUGUCUCGACGUGUUUGUUCCACCCGAUAUUUUGAACGAAGACACGAGCGGGGAUAUGUCAAUAUCUGAAGGCGAUAACACAACGUUAAUAUGCAAAGCAGCUGGACAUCCUACUCCUCGGAUAACAUGGAGAAGAGAAGAUGGCCAUCCAAUCCUCAUAAGAAAGAAUCUGAGAGAAUAUUUCAAAACGGAAAUAUAUAACGGCUCUGGUUUACAUUUUUGGAGACUGGAUCGUCGACAAAUGGGGGCUUAUUUGUGCAUAGCCAGCAACGAUAUACCGCCGGCUGUCAGUAAAAGAAUAUCUUUGAGCGUCAACUUCGCUCCUGUAAUUAAAGUACCGAAUCAAUUACUUGGAGCUCCAGUUGCUACAGACGUUCAACUUGAAUGUUACGUCGAAGCCUAUCCAAACACAGUCAAUUAUUGGAUUAAAAAUAGGGGAGAAAUGCUACUAAAUGGAUCUAAAUAUUCGAUAAAAGAAGAAAGAAGCGGCUACAAAGUUUUUAUGUGGUUAGUGAUAAGAUCUUUUUCAUCUAGCGACAGCGGAACUUACAAUUGCGUCUCGACAAACUCUUUAGGAAAAGCAGAAGGAACUUUGAGGUUAUAUGAAAUAAAAGUUGGUCCAGAUCACCAUCACAAUAACGUCAUUGUUGGAGGUUUUGCAGAACCAGCUAGAGGUCAUCGUUCUAGCGUAGCAAUCUCAACGUCUUUAGCAAAUCCGUGUAUAUUGGUGGUGUCUUCGAUCAUCGCCGAAUUAAUAUGGAGGUGACAGCAUUAAGAACUCAAAAUAACUCAAAAACCGACGUGAUACGAGGACGUUACAAUACUUCUUAGGAACGUAUAUAAAAAUUUUGUGUAUAAAAUUUGAAUUUGAAUAAAAAAAUGUGUGGUAGGUGUCGAAUUUCCUACUGUCAAUUAAAAAUACCCCUUUUAUAAUAAAAAAAAAUGGAUAAUUUUGUUGUUUAGUGUGAGUAAUGGUGUAGCUUUUUCAAUUUUUGGCGGUUAAAAAGGUUAAAUAAAAAUUGAAAACUUAAAAUACAGUGUAGACUGAAAAAAAUAAAGUUUUUUCCAUUAUUAAUAGAGAAAAUUAUUCUAAAAAUUUCAUCUAAUAUCAUUUAUGUCCGCUACAAAUUGUGAAUGUGGUCAAGAAACUUCAUUUAUUGUUAUGGACGUCAUUUCCACAUUCAUAACUAUACCUGUCAAAGAAUAGAUCUGAUUGAUUACAGUUAUUCAAUGUAAAUUCUCACUACUAUAUUUUUUCUAUGUUCAAGACGAUUCAGUACAUAAAUUGCUGUUUACCUACUAGCACCAAGGCAAUUUAUAUUUUAAAAGAAAUAGUUGAGGUUAUGUUGUAUAUAAAUGUUAAAUAAUUAGAAAUUUAAUUUCGUUUUUAAACAUUUUUUUACAUACUUGAUGAGUAUUUUUCUCGUAAUGUUAUAUUUAUUUAAAAAUAAAAGCGCUCAACUUUACCUAAUAAUAUAAUUAUCACCUAAUAUCAAAUUGGAAAUUUAUUAACAUAUCUAUAUAUGUGGAUAUAAUGUAAUUUGAAACAUAUCUUCUCUUGUUCAAUGUCUAAUAACCAAUUUUCUUUCCCUCUGCUAUAAAAAAUUAUCUUCAUAUAGUCAAUUCUUUUGUUAAAAAAAUUAUUCGUUUUUUGUAAUUAUUAAAAUAAAAAAAAAUCGUAAACUAGAAUAUUGAAUGCAUUAUGUAUAUAUUGAGCUUUUAAUACAGUGUGAUUUUGAAAAUGGUAAACUAAAUUACGUUCACCUGGUAUAUAGCAUCAUUAUUGUGUGCAAAAUGAUUCAAGUAUCUGUACGUGUACAUAAAAUUAAUUUAUUAUGACACUGAUUCAAAUUUCUAUUGUAUUUAAAAAAUUUUUCGGUAGAAGUUUUUUGGUUUUACCCUAGUUUGUGAUAGUGGGUUGUUGCAAGCCUUAAAGGGAUUAAUAAAAGGAUGUAAUUUUGAAUCUAUUUAAGCUUACUUUCUAUUAAACCUCAAAGUCCAGGCAAGAUAGGAAGCAUAUCAGAAAAAUUUGUAAGUACUAGAUAUCGAGAUUAUAGAUUCAAAAUUGGGUCAUUAUUUGGCAUUGUGGUCAUUAAAAAUCGAAAAAUUAAUAUUUGCAAUAUUUUUAUACAUUUUGUUAAUUUUUUCGUCGCUUUCAAUAUCAAAAAGUUUGAAAAUCAAAAUUCCAACAUUUUUUUAGCCAAUGCAACAACUAUAAAUUUCCCAAUUUGUCUCUGAAAAUUUUGGAAAUUACAUACAAAAACGAAUCAUUUGAAUAAAAAAGCAAUUUAAGAUUAUGAUUUAAAACUUUUUUACAAAAAAAAUUAAAAAAAAUUGAUGUUAGGAUUCCUUCUCUUUAUGCACAAAACUUCAAUUGCUUCUUUUUUCCAAAUUGUUCUCUUUUAUAUGUACUUUCCAAAAAAAAAUACAUUCUUCAAUGAAUUUCAAAUGCAGUUUUUGGUAAGGAAAUCGAAACAUUUAUGGUCAAAAAAGUGUUGAAAUUAUCACAAAUGCACCAAAAAACGAACAAAAGAAAAAACAGCAUCAAAAAUAUCAUUUUUUUAUGACCAAAAAUAGGGUGAACCCCAAAAUUGUGUCAUCAGUCAGCUUGUAUAAUUCAAUUACUUAAAAAAAAAUUGUAGAUAUUUGAAUCAUGUAAUACGAAGUUUAUAAGUAGUAAUAUUUUAUGAAUACAUAAUUAUAGUUGUUAAAUUCUAGAUUUCGGAAAGACUGGGUCUACUAAAAUUAUUUUUGUAAAUGUGAGUCAACUGUUGUUUAUAAUUAUUUGUAAAAAUCAAUUUAAACGAAAAUUUUAUUAACAUUCAAUUAUAUUUAAGUCGUAAGUAUUAAAAUUAAAGUUGUGCCAAAUCAAAUGAAGGUGAAUACAUGUAUAAAUAAAGUUAUGAAUGUAA